AAAAAAACCAAAGUUCUUGUUAAACAAGUUCUCAACGUACUGAAUUUAUAAAUGAUUCAUAUUCACGUUACGUGGUAAAACAUGUUACUUUCGGUUGUUUAUAUUUUUUCGCCAACUUCUCUUUCUUGCUUUGUUAUUGUUGUUCUCGCACUCGGCUGUGUGCAGUCAUAUACACGGAAACAACGGCGUUGAAUCCGAUGUACAUACAUAAUAAACGCAUACGAUUUUAGAGUUGUGUGAGAUUCACGUGGUUAUCGGUCGUACACAAAGGCUUAGACAGCCAAUAGUUUUCGAUGUGUUCAUCAGUUUGCAUUGCAGUAGCGGCAUCCUCCGAUAACACAACGGUUAUUCAGAGACAAAAAGUACAUCCUAUACGGUUUACAAACAAAAGCACUAAUUUAAGUUGCCGCCAAGUAUUUGGACAAUACGAUUUGGGCAAAAUAAAAUUUUUGGUGCGACGAAAAGUUGAAUUCGCCGUUAGUUCUAUCGUCACCAUCACCAUCGUCCGUUUGUUCAAUGAAUACGGAUGGCAAUAUUAACUUGUACGGCAGCACAAUGAGCUCACCGAUGUCAUCGGGCGGUAAUAUGUCGCCGAUAUCCAACAGUAUGUCUCCCGCAUCAACACAGAGUGACAGCAGCAGCGCGUACAAUUUUCAACAUUUGCAAAUCUCAUCCAAUUCGAACGAGUACUUUGUGACUUCAAUGAACACAAGGAUGGAUGAACCAUUUUUGGAAAUUGCCGAACAACCGAUUGAUAAAUUCCGUUUUCGAUAUAAAUCCGAAAUGCACGGUACACACGGCAUGUUGACGGGUCAACAUUCAAAGAAGACAUUUCCAACGGUUCGCCUUCGGAAUUACAAUGGCGAAGCGUUGAUUCGAUGCUCAUUGUAUCAGAUAAUGAAACCGGGCCAUGAAAUGCCGUUUCCACAUUCACACAGUCUGGUCGUUCGUUGCGGAAACGAAGACAAAAAAGAUCCACACGAAUAUAUGGUCUCUCAGUUGCAUGGAUACAAAGCGACAUUCCAAGGAAUGGGAAUUAUUCAUACGGCACGACGCUUCAUCGAAGACGAACUGUACGAAAAACUGGUGACCAGAGCUAAAUUUGAAGCUGGCCGAGAACUGACCAAACACGAACAAGACCAACUACGAUCAAAUGCUAAAAAACAUUCCACCGAUAUGAAUUUGAAUCAGGUAUCACUGUGCUUUGAGGCAUUCGAACGCAACAAUGGUAAAUGGAUGCGUUUGUGUGAGCCCAUUUUCUCAACGCCAAUCAACAAUUUAAAAAGUGCAUUAACCGGUGAAUUGAAAAUAAGCCGCAUGAGCACGGUUGUUGGCAGUGCGGCUGGAAAUGAUGAUCUUUUCAUGUUUGUUGAGAAAGUCGGAAAAAAAAACAUCAAAGUUCGAUUCUUUGAACUGGAUGAUGAUCAGGUGAUUUGGGAGGAUUGGGGCAAAUUCACCGAAGCCGAUGUUCACCAUCAAUAUGCGAUCGCCUUAAAAACACCACCGUAUCGCAAAACUAACAUUGACGAAAGUGUAAAAGUCUUCAUACAACUUUAUCGGCCGGGAGAUGAAGCGAUAAGCGAACCAGUCGAAUUCAGAUACAAACCGUGCCACAAUUUGAACAACAAUCGGAAACGUCCCCGUGUUGCUUCGUACUAUGAUUCCGACAUUCCGGUCGUUGUGACGGAAAAUACAUUUGUUCGUACUGCACCCGAUAGCUAUGUGCCACAAAGUGAUAACAUGUCCGAUGACAGUGAUAUUGAGCAAAUGUUUCCCGAUUUGUUCACCGACAGCCUUGCACUCAAUCCCGAAGAUUUCAAUUCGCUAUUGCAUACAUUGGAUGAAAAUAAUGAAUUUGAUAAGUUGGCCAAAGAUUCGGUUAGCACUGACGACGAUCAUCCGCAGUCAUUUUCAAGGGAAGAGAAAUGGAUUUCACAAUUUCUGGACAAAGUUGAACCGUUGCUCAAAUUCAGCGAUAGCAUGGACCGUUCAAAAAUCGCCCGCAAAUUCUUCGAUUUCAUUUUCCACAAAGCGUCUUUCGGCGGCGAUAGUAUGGUGCACGUGUGCGUAAAAAGUGAUGAUCUCCGGCUAAUGGAUCGUUUAUGGGAUGUUAUGCAUAAAUUCCAAUUGUAUGAUUUAUUAAAUCUUCGAAACUACAACAAGGAAACGUGUUUACACUUGGCCAGUGCAAUGAAUCGGCCGAAAUUACUCGAAGAAGCCAUCAAGUAUGGAGCUGAUGUGAAUGCCAUGGAUGCAGACGGCAAUACAGCGUUGCAUGUGGCCAUUCAAGAGAAAAAUGACGAAUGUACCGCUACCAUACUGACUGCAGACGUAGACAAAUGGGAAAAAGUAGUGGACAUCGAUUUGAGCGUACUCAAUGAUAACGGUUACACGCCGUUGCAUUUGGCAUCGAUGAACAAUAAUUUGAAGGUUGUUAAAAUGUUAGACUUGAAAGCAGCACAAACGAAAAAACCGAUCUUUGAAGAUGUCGAAGGAAAGCAUGGCAAUAAUACAUUGCACAUUGCAAUCGAGUCAGAGGCUCGCGAAUUGGCCGAAUAUUUGAUACAAAACCAAUGCAUCAAUCCAUCGAAAACGAACAAAUCCGGUCACACUGCAUUGUAUUUGGCGCGCGUUGCAAAAGCCACUGAUUUGGUGAAUUUGAUGCAGCGACACAGUCUGAUCGAUGACGAACAUUAUAUGGACGACGACGAUGAUGCCAGCUCAAAAGACUCCUUUGAAUCACAGGAAACGAGCAAAAAAACCGAGACAAGAAAAUUGUCCGCAAUAACGAAAAAGGUGGCAGAAUCGAGCAAAGUGGAUCGUAGCGUAGACGAAAAGAAAUUUGACGACAUUUGCUUCACCGAAUUGAGCGCCAUAUUCAACAAGAAUACCAAGUGGAAAUCCAUUGCAACGGUUUUGGGCUAUCAAGACUAUGUGGCAAACUGGCAAAAACUACGCAAUCCAACCAAAGUUUUACUCACGUUCACCGAGUCACUGAAAGUGCCGAAGGACACGCUCGCUGAUAUCUUUGCUGAACUUGGUGAAAAACGUGCCGUCGACUGUAUACAUGAAUGGAAGCGGCGAGUUUAACGCAGCAUACUUAUCGCAACAUUCCACAUAGAUAUAGUGCGACGGAAUUUCGUCGAUAUUAUUGUUGUUGUCAUCACGUCGAUGUUUUUUUAAAUUUCAUUUCUUAUAAAAUUCCCCAUCGGGUAAUCUUAAGUAGAUAAGGUUUAAGGGAAACCACCAUUUUCAAUGUAUACCUUUUUUUAUAUACUUUAUUCGAACUACAAAAAUGUUUUUUUUUAUUCAUUCUUUUUACAUCGCAUUUAUUGUUCUCACCUUAAAACUAAUUGAACUAAAAAAUAAAACAAACAUAUCUA